UGUCACUGUCACAUUGACAGACCUCCUCGUCUUCAGCCAGUGUUCUAUUCUAAAUAUUAUUCUCUAAAAUGGCCGAUUACGGCAUAUCCGAGAACGAACUCAACCUCGUUAAACAGCAGGCCGCGAGGCGGGCCGAACUGAGGAAGCAGUUCUUAAUGCAAAAGACCAAUCCUUUCAAACACGCCUCAGAGGCUGGUUAUGUGUUUGACCCUGCAAUCCAGAAGUUUAUGUCAAUGAAAGUUAGCCAAUAUGACCACUUCCAACCUAACCCCCGAACAAGUCUCUUCGGUAUUUGCGCUAUCGUGAUCCCAAUGUUCGCGUUCGGCUACCUGGUGUGGAACGACCGUAACACGCGCGAACAGAAGAUCAGGAGCGGAGAACUCGUGUACAGAGAUAGGCUCUUCAAAUUCGCAUAAAUAAAUCAUUGUAAAUUAAUUAGCAAUUAUAAUAUAGUGUACAAAUAUGUGUAUUUA